AUGCAUGAACACUUCACUUCCACAUCAUUGCAUUCAAUCUAUUUUUGUUCUCUUGGAACAUUCAAGUCCACGGUCAGUAAUGAACAACGUUGCGAACAGUGUCCAUUGAAUAGCCAUACGAAAGAGAAAGGUUCAACAUCUUGCAUUUGCAAUCAAAGUUUCUUUCGUUUGAAUUCAUCCGUUAUCAAUUCAUCGUGUAUCGCCGGACCGAAUGAACCAGAAAAUGUAACGAUUGAUGAUAUUGAUCAAGUUUCAGUUUAUAUCUCAUGGAAGCAGUCCACUGAUAAUGUAUACCAUAUUGAAUGUACUCAUACGAUAUCUUGUGAGUCGUAUAUAAUCUAUCAGCCCAACCGAACGUUUAUCAAUGGGUCAAGAGUAAAGAUCAUUGGUUUGGACGCCGAGACGAAGUAUAAAAUAAGAAUCUAUGCUGAACAAGUUUUCACUCAUCUUUACAGUCAAUCGGUUGACUUAACAUUCACAACAAAAUCAGCAGUUCCAAAACAAGUACGUAAUAUUCAAAUUCGUCGUACAGCAUUCGAUCAAGUUGUCAUUACAUGGUCAGCAGAUGAUUUCAAUCAGUACCAUAUCCGUUACUGGCCACUCAUCGCUGAACAGAAUAAGAUUUUUGCUGAAGUCGUAGUAAAUAAUUUCACUUUAAAGACAACAUCAGAUAUAUAUAAAUUUCAAAUACGUGCUCAUACGAAACUUGGCUGGACUGCAUAUAGCGAAGAAAUGAUUAUAUCAUUACGUUCAAUAUUCAUCGAUCAGCCAUUCUCUUCUGAAGUGACGAGAAAACUUGUGGAAAAUAAAAAUAUUCUUCUCAUCAGUCCUUUGAUCAUUCUUGGAUUGAUUAUAACAGUGAUUAUUCUAGCAGUUCUGUACAUCAAAAAGAAACGAGUUUGUCGGUCGAAGACAGCGAGCGAUUGUGAAUCUCUCGAUUACCAAAAACGACAAGUUAGCGGACAUUAUGGGCCUGAUACUUUCUUCAAUUCAGGAUGGUCGGCGCCAUUAUGGCCUUCCAUAAGUACAACAACAAAGACUUAUGUUGAUCCCCAUACGUAUGAAGACCCGACAAAAGCAGUGAAUGAUUUCGCACAUGAACUUGAUCCGAACUCGAUUGUUAUCGAAUCGGUCAUCGGCGGAGGUAUAUAUCAACUUGAAUUACAUUCGAUUAUAUAA